CUCCACAGACCACAAACUGUUUAACACGUUAAACUGUGCGGACGUGUCCAGAUGCUCCUCAGUGUAAGGACGAGGUUCAUGAGGAUCCAACCUGCAGCUGCUGCGCCAACACUUAGUUUCUGCCUCCUGCGCCUUUUGUCGCAUUGGAUUUAAAGGAGGAGCAGAGUUGGGGUUUUCCCCCCGGGACUCGCUGCCUCUCUGCAGCUGUUAGUUCAACAUGGGACGUCGGAGUGAAAUGAUUUCCAGGCAUUUGAAGCGAGUCCUCCGGUGAAUUUGGGCGAAGGGACGCAGACAGAGGAGCCAGCAGCCCGGAGAGGAGGUCGAGAAACCCGGAGGACAUCCAGCAGCUGGUGGAAGAAGACAGCAGUGGGCCUUACGGAGCACAGAGGGCCCAAGAAGGACGCUCCAGGUACCCGCCCGUCCUGGAUCAUGGGUAACCACACUGGCAAAGACAGCCACAGUCCUAAAGCUCGUUCCCCCCUCUCAGGUUCUCCUCUCGAUUUCUUCCACACGCCUCCUACCACGCCCUCAGAGGACGAGCUGACAGCCAUGGCCUUAUCCUCGCCAGCCUCCUCCUCCUCCAACAAAGCACAGACUCCAUCGCCGGCCGGCAGCGACACCCCCUCCGCCACCGCCGCCGCCUCUCCUACUUCAGAGUGGACACAGAAACUGUCGGCGUCCACAGACUGGGCCGUGAUAAGCGUAGAAAGCGUCGCCUCCUCAGAGACGAGCGUGAGCGAUGCAGCAGCCAGACACGGGAAGGCAGCGGUCAGCGAGGCCCCCCCGGCGCCUCUGCCCCCGUCCAGAGACUCCCCCUCGGAGCAGAGCUGGCAGGAGAGAGACAGCGGACUGGAGCCGCAGGAUGCAGCAGAGAGGGCCGAGGAGGAGAUGACCCUGGUCCUGCUCAGUCUGAUGGAGCAUCAGAGGGCCUCGCUGGGCCUCAGCCCCAAACCCGAUGUCACCACAGGAGCAGUAGAGCUGCUCAGGCGCUUGAUAACAGAGCGAGACGAGCUGCUCGAGGAGGUGGACACACUGAGGGAGACACUGAGGGCGGAGCGUCUGGAGUGGCGUCAGUUCCAGUGUGACCUGCAGGUCGCCGUGUCCGUGGCCGACCGGCUGCGGAGCGAGUCGGAGCAGGCUCUGGGUCUGCUCCAGGGGCGCCACAGGGCCGUGGAGGAGCAGCUGGCCCUCACCCUCAGCGGGCAGCAGGAGAAGGACAGAGAGCUGGAGAGUCUGAGAGUGGAGCACAGAGACGUCUGCAGCAAACUCAACGAACUCACUCUGCAGCAGCAGCAGCAGCAAGCCGAGCUGGAUGCUCUGAGAAACACAUGUGUGGUGAAAGACAGAGCGGAUGGGGGUAAAGUGAUAGAGAGACAAGACUCUGUGGAGGGAGAGGACAUACAAGAAGCUGCAGGAGAGACUGAAGCUGACCAGGAGGAGAAGGAAGCAAAUGGAGGCGUGGAGGCAAAUGGGUCUGGGGACAUGCGGUCGAAGGGUAAGGGGGUAGCGGAGGGAUACCUGCAGAGUUUAGCUGCAAUGGAGAAGAAGAAGGAAGCGGGACGUGGGCUCAGAGAUCCGAGGAGGAUCGUGAUGCUGUCUGAACGAUCCUGGAGUUUAUCUCGUCUUCCACUCCCAGUUGACUCCUCCGGUCAAAAUGAGGCUUCGAAUACAAGCACAACUUUACCACUAUGCAAGAAAGAGCAGCCAACUAAGGGGAGAAGGAUGGAUCGUAUCUUACAGCGACAGGACAGUUGGUCCAGUUUUUAUUCGGGAAAACUGGACGAGGAUCAGAGCUCAGAUUACGUGAAACCUCAGGAUGGUUUCAGUGCUCUGCUGCGGCGUCACGGCGGCUCCAGGAGGAACUCCCUGCUGCGCUGGUGCCAAGGUCGUACACAAGGUUACAAGAAUAUUGAUAUCACCAACUUCAGCACCAGCUGGGAGGAUGGUUUGGCGUUCUGCGCCGUCUAUCACACUUAUUUACCGAGUCACAUCCCAUAUGAGAGCCUGAACCCUGAGGACAAGAAGGUAAAUCUGGACCUCGCUUUUAGGACGGGAGAGAAUGUGGGAGUCACAGCCACACUGACGGUGGAGGAGAUGCUGAGGGCUGACGGGCCGGACUGGCAGAGGGUCCUGGGCUACGUCGAAAGCAUCUUCCGUCAGUUUGAGAUGUGAGGCCGACUCCUCUCCUCCUGUUUGGACUGAAACACUGCUCUCCACAAGAGGGCGCUCUGCCAACCAGGAUUUUAAAUGCAUCAGCAAUAUUGGACUUUAUCGUAAGAUUGUAUGCAUCAACACACGUUCUCCCUCGUGUGGAAACAUGAGAAACUCCAAGCAGUGUUUUAACCCUUGAAUACUUUUAUUUUUCUACAUACUGUACUUAGUGGUGGCACCAGUUUGGUGAAUAUGCACAGGACACGAACA